CAGUGCAAUGUCCAAUCCUAUGCAGGGAAUACCCUGAUAGGAAUCAUCUCAUUGAGAGGGAGCGGAAGGAAGUACUAAGGAGUGAGACCUCGCGCUCAUAGAGGAUCUGCACACGUCCUGCCUGAGCUUCUUCCUGCAGUUCCACUUGUUUCGGACACUUUGUCAACAUGUUGAAGCUGAGCUGCUCUCUGAGGUCCGCCGCGCUACUCCUCAGACCCGCUGCUGCUGCUCAGCCACGUGCGCACUUCGGCACCGGUCCCCAGCAGAAACACAGAACCUUCUAUGAGUUCCGCACCUACUGCAUCCACCCGGAUCAGAAUGCCGCCUUCCUCAAGCUGACCAAUGAGAAGAUCCACCUGCGCACUGCCCACUCUGAGCUGGUUGGCUACUGGAGCGUUGAGUACGGUGGCCUGAACAAGGUCUUCCACAUAUGGAAGUAUGACAGUUACGCCCAGCGGGCAGAGGUCCGGGCGACGCUCGCUCAGGAUCCCACCUGGGUGUCAGAGUACCUCUCCAAGGCCUUACCAAUGCUGACGUCACAGGACAACGAAGUCACCUAUAUGGUUCCUUGGAGCCGCCUGCAAAGUCCGCCGCAAGAGGGUGGUGUGUACGAGCUGGUUUCUUUCCAGAUGCGUCCUGGUGGACCAGCAGUUUGGGGAAAGGCCUUCCAGGCCGCUGUCACUGCCCAUGAUGCACCUGGGUACGGCAAGCUGAUAGGAGCUUUCCACUGCGAGUUCGGACUGCAAAAUAGAGUUCACGCCCUCUGGUGGUUCGAGAGCCCCGACCAUAGAGCUGAAAUCCGACACACAGCUCACCAUGACGCCAGAGUGGUGGCUGCAGUGAGAAACAACAUCGUCAAUCUGGACUCUCAGAGGAACCAGCUCAUGUUGCCGUGUCCUUUCUCACCUCUGAAGUAACUUCCUGUCCUGAUGCCCGCCUCUCACCCAGAACAAAGUUUAGCAUGCAAACCUGAUCUUUAGUUUGACCUGUGUGGGCCUCUGUAGACACAGACACACUCUCAGCAGCAAGUGUUGGCAACAGCAUCCAAUCGCACGGUGUGACUGCUUAAAGGUGGGCAGGGCUUCUCUCUGCUUUACGUUAGCUGACUGGCUGCUUUAAAGUUUCAAAGUGUGAAAAUAAACUGUCACGUGCCUCUCA